UUGCAAACCAGAGCAAAAAUGGGUCAGAACAAGAAUGCUAUCACAAGACAAAGAUAACUGGUGGAAGUCCCACCAUCACGCCUAUCUAUAUGAGUUGUGGAGAUCCAACAAAUCUGACCCGUUCAACCGCAUCUAUCCAACGGUCUACGUCGCUCCGGUGUUUAAACUUGAACAUGUUUAGCACCCUCCACUAACAAAUAUCAUGCCUAAUGUCAAUAGCAGCAUUAACCAAGUUAUUAUAUCCUACCUAAUAUUAACAUAUAAUUUAUAUAUUGCCUUUUAUUAAUGUGCAAUACAAUUAAUAGCUUGUCUAAUAUUAACGUCCAUUACACGUACACAAUUACUAGUUACAGAAGGCCAUCCAACUACCAAAGUGUUGAACCGGUAUGGCCCAGCCCAUACAAGUUAUCUCUUAGGGCCUAGGCCCAAGUAGUGAGACUAACCUAAAAGGAGGCUCCCAGCCAUCUCCCGUUCCUGAGACAGCCGCCACACACAAAACACUUGUGCUGGAGGUACUCCUCUCUCCCUCCCGUACUCCUCUCUCCCCCCGUUCCUACAUGGUAUCAGAGGCCAGCGAAGGCGGGGCCUGAGAAGACGACGGCGACGUCCGGCGAGGUGGCGGCAGAUCUGGGCGGCGUCCGGCAAGGCAGCGGCGGAUCUGGGAGGCGCGGCGUGGCUGCGCAGGAGGUGUGGCUCGUUGGAGAGGAAGGAGAGGUGGAGCUGCUGUGCUGCGCGGCAGAGGAAGAAGGAGAGGUGGAGCUGCUGUGCUGCGCGGCAGGAGGAGGAAGCUGAGGAGCGGCUUGGUCUCCAACGGGCUGUGGUGCUGCGGGAGGAGAAGAGGAGAAGGGUAGUGGAGAAGGGCAGCUCCUUGUUGUGCUGCUGUGUGUGCGUGUGUCUGCAGGGGACCGGGAGCUGGAGAACUGCUGCGGGGGUUGGCUGCUGUUGGAGGCCAAGAUCCUCUGGAACUGCUGCUGUUUGCAGAGGAAGGAGGAAGAGAACUGCUGCUGUUUGCAGAGGAAGGAGGAAGAGAAGUGCUGCUGUUUGCAGAGGAAGAAGGGAGAGAACUGCUGCUGGAGGAAGAGGCUGUGGUUGCUGCUUGCACUUGGAGCUGCUGAGUUGCUGGGUGCUGCUGCUAGCCAGGGGGCGUAAAGGGACCAACCGUGCAGCUGUAGGGCUGUGCUGCUGAGGGCUGCUGCUGCUGUUUACCGGAUCGGAGAUGACUGAACCAAAUGCGCUUGCUGAGGCUUUCGAGAAGCUCGCUAAGAUCCUCGCGGAGUCCAACUCCAACUCUGGGGCCAUCGUUCCUCGACAGGAAGUGGCUCAGAAGCUCGAAAUGUCACCCCUGGACAUGAAGCUAGAGGGGGCCACAAAUUAUUUGAGCUGGUCCAGAAGGGCAUUGCUGGCUGUGGAACAGAAGGAACUUGAUGGGCACUUAUUGGGUGCGGUUGAUGAACCCGGAGACAAGACUACCGCGGAGGGAAAGCGGUGGAAGGUCAUAAACUCUGUGCUUGUUGGCUGGUUGUUGAACUCAGUGGUGCCCUCCAUUGGUGGCUCUGUGGAGGGACUAUCCACGUCCGCCGAGAUAUGGAAGACUCUAUCCACCCAAUACUCAGGCAAGGGUAAUUUCAUGCUAAUUGCUCAGAUUGAGGGGAAGAUCAGUCGGCUGCGCCAAGGCGAUGACAUGUCAGUGAUGGCAUAUGUAGCAGAGCUGCGGGCUUUGUGGGCAGAGCAGGAUAACUGUGAUCCUCUGGAACUCUAUGAUGCGGCGUGCAUCGAGUCAGGGCGCAAGUGGAUUGCACGCAGGCGCGUGCUGAAACUGUUGGAAGGCCUCAGAGGUUGCUUUCAUGGCAGGGGGGCUUCCCUGUUGCACCAACCUCUCUUACCAACUAUUGAGGAGACUAUUGCAACAAUGUCUCAAGAGGAGGUGAGGCUAUCUCUUGCGCAUGCAAACGUGAAGUUUGUGCCGGCUUCGACAUUUGCAGUCACUGAGCGCAUGGAGUGGGGAGAUCCCAAUAGAUGUCAUAUUUGUGGGGAGGUAGGUCAUUGGAAGAGGGAAUGUCCAACUCGUGGUAGAGGCAGGGGAUACAACAGAGGGGGCACUGGCAGAGGAAGGUAUGCUCGAGGCAGAGGUGGAUACCCAUGGAACUCAGGGGGUCAACUUUCUAGGGGCAGAGGUGGCUACUCAGGAAACUCAGGGGACAGGGCGCAUAUGGUAGUUGAAGAGGACACUGGGACGUCACAGGGCAAGGGAGUUGAUGAGGCUGCCUAUGGAGACUUUGCUCACUGGGCCUCCACUGAUGAAGGAGCGACAGACGAGCCAGACGGUUGGGACUGGCACCAGGCGUAGGGGGCUCUGGUACAUGGACCAGGAGGUGCAACCGGACUUGGUGUGUGCUGCGACCAUGGAGGACAAGGAGAAGCAGGCGAUGAUCCAUCAUUGUAGAAUGGGUCAUGUAUCUUUUGAUAAGAUGAGUAGAAUCUUUCCGGAUGUUAUGUGUGGAAUAGGCAAGGGCAAGUUGACAUGUGAUGCUUGCGAAUAUGCAAAACACACACGAGCCUCAUAUGUGAGUAAGGGGCUUAGGAGCAUAUCUCCUUUUAUGCUCAUUCAUUCGGAUGUAUGGACUAGCCCAGUAGUGUCAAUGAAUGGAAAGAAGUAUUUUGUUA